AAUGUGGGGCUCGUGCACACUUCGGAGAGGAGGCACACUGUGAUCGCAGCCCAGAGUCUGGAGGCACUCAGUGGGUUGCAGAAGGCAGAUGCAGAGCGCAAGCGAGAUGCCUUCAUGGACCACCUGAAGAGCAAGUACCCCCAGCAUGCCCUUGCCCUCAGAGGCCAGCAGGACCGGCUCCGGGAACAGGUUGGCGGCUGGACAGUGGACCACGUGUGUCUCCUCAGUUCCCUCUGCUCCCACCUUCAUGGCGACUCUGCCCCCACUGUGGCUGGCCAGCCUGCCCAGCAGCCCAACUACUGGAGUUUUAAGACUCGAAGCUCUCGACACUCACAGGGUGCCCAGCCAGGGCUGGCUGACCAGGCAGCUAAAUUGUCCUUUGCCUCUGCCGAGUCACUGGAGACCAUGUCGGAGGCUGAGCUGCCCCUCGGCUUCAGCAGGAUGAAUCGAUUCCGCCAGAGCCUGCCCCUCUCUCGAUCUACUAGCCAGACCAAACUCCGUUCCCCAGGGGUGCUAUUUCUGCAGUUUGGGGAAGAGACUCGCCGGGUGCACAUCACCCACGAGGUCAGCAGCCUGGACACCCUCCAUGCCCUCAUUGCCCACAUGUUCCCACAGAAGCUUACCAUGGGCAUGCUCAAGUCACCCAAUACAGCCAUUCUCAUCAAGGAUGAGGCUCGAAACAUCUUCUAUGAGCUUGAGGAUGUCCGGGACAUUCAAGAUCGAAGUAUUAUCAAGAUUUACAGGAAGGAACCACUCUAUUCAGCCUUUCCUGGCUCCCACCUCACUAAUGGGGAUCUUCGGAGAGAGAUGGUCUACGCCUCCCGGGAGUCGUCUCCUACCCGUCGCCUGAACAACCUUUCCCCGGCCCCCCAUCUGUCCUCUGGCUCCCCACCUCCAGGCCUGCCCUCUGCCUCUCCUUCCCGGUCCAGGCUCUCCUACGCAGGGGGCAGCGGGGGCCGCCCCCCGUCCUAUGCUGGCAGCCCCGUCCACCACUCAGACAGGCUGGGGGGGGUACCCCCUGCCCCUGGUGUCUCCCCCAGCCCCAGCGCCAUCUUGGAGCGGCGGGAUGUGAAGCCUGAUGAAGACCUGGCGGGCAAGGGUGGCGGGGUGAUGCUAGUGAAAGGGGAGGGCCUCUAUGCAGAUCCCUAUGGGCUGCUCCACGAGGGGCGACUGAGCCUGGCCUCGGCCGGAGGGGACCCCUUUGCUUACCCCGGUGGGGGACUCUACAAACGGGGCUCGGUGCGGUCCCUCAGCACAUAUUCUGCCACCGCCCUGCAGUCUGACCUGGAGGAUUCCCUGUACAAAGCGGCCACUGGCAGCGGCGGGCCACUCUAUGGGGACGGCUUUGGCUUCCGCCUGCCCCCUGCUUCUCCCCAGAAACUGGUGGACGUGGCAGCACCCCCGGGCGGCCCCCCACCUCCCCACAGCCCUUAUUCCGGGCCUCCUAGCCGCUCCUCUCCCGUCAGGCAGUCUUUCCGCAAGGACUCUGGAUCCUCAUCCUCGGUUUUUGCUGAGAGCCCCGGGGGCAAGCCACGGGGUGGGGGGGGUGCUUCAUCUUCCGGGGUGCCCCCAUCAGAGCUUUUCCCAGGGCCUGGGGAGCGCCCACUGGCAGGCUUUGGGCCUCCGGUGCCAGCCAAGGAUACGGAGACCAGGGAGCGAAUGGAAGCCAUGGAGAAGCAGAUUGCAAGUCUGACAGGCCUGGUGCAGAGUGCCCUUCUCCGAGGCUCGGAGGCUGAGACCCCCAGUGAGAAGAUUGAAGGUUCCAAUGGGGCAGCAACGCCCUCAGCACCUUGUGGACUGGGUGGGCGGAGCAGUUCGGCCCCUCCAGUUCCAGCGCCUCCACCCCCUUCAGCCAGCAGCACUCCGGCGGGCCCCCCGACGGCCGUCACCCGUCUACACAUGCAGCUGCACCUCCAUGACCUACAGCAUAAUGCCAGUGACCUCCGCAACCAACUCCAGCAGCUGCGCAAAAUGCAGCUGCAAAAUCAGGAGUCUGUUCGAACCUUGCUGAAGCGCACAGAGGCCGAGCUGAGCCUUCGGGUGUCCGAAGCAGUCCGGAAGCAGGAGGACCCCCUGCAGCGGCAGCGCAGCCUGGUAGAAGAGGAGAGGCUGCACUAUCUGAGCGAGGAGGAACUGGUCACUCAGCAGCUCAAUGACCUGGAGAAGUCAGUGGAGAAGAUCCAGAAGGAUGUAUCCCACAACCAUCGGCUGGUCCUGGGCCCUGAGCUGGAGGAGAAGGCUUUGGUGCUGAAACAGCUGGGAGAGACCCUCACAGAGCUCAAGUCGCAAUUCCCUGGGCUGCAGAGUAAGAUGCGAGUUGUUCUCCGGGUGGAGGUCGAGGCAGUCAAGUUCCUGAAAGAGGAGCCCCAGAGACUGGAUGGGCUUCUCAAGCGCUGUCGAGGGGUCACUGACACACUGGCUCAGAUCCGAAGGCAAGUGGAUGAGGGUACCUGGCCCCCUCCCAACAACCUCCUGAGCCAGUCUCCAAAGAAAGUGACAGCUGAAUGUGACUUCGGCAAAAGCCUGGACUUCGAGGUGCCACCCCCCAGCCCUCCCCUGAGUCUCCAUGAGCUGGGGGGGCCUGGCGAGGGCACUGCUCACACGCCCAAGGGGGGCAAUCCCUCCAGGGGCCCUGAAACGCCCAGCAAGAGAAGCGUGGACAAAGCUGUGUCUGUGGAGGCAGCUGAGAGGGACUGGGAGGAAAAGAGGGCAGCCCUGAGCCAAUACAGUGCCAAGGACAUCAACCGGCUGCUGGAAGAAACGCAGGCAGAGCUGCUGAAGGCCAUCCCAGACCUGGAUUGUGCAGGGAAACCUCGGGGGCCGGCCCCAACCCCUGAGCACAAGCCCUCCAAAGCCCCUCAUGGUCAGAAGGCAGCCCCCCGUGGAGAGGCCAGUGGGCGGAGGGGCUCAGAUGAGCUGACCGUGCCCCGAUACCGGACAGAAAAGCCUUCGAAGUCGCCCCCGCCACCUCCUCCCCGCCGGAGCUUCCCCUCCUCCCACGGCCUUACCACCACCCGCACUGGAGAGGUCGUGGUCACCAGCAAGAAAGACUCGGCCUUCAUCAAGAAGGCAGAGUCAGAGGAGCUGGAGGUCCAGAAGCCCCAAGUGAAACUCCGCCGGACAGUGUCUGAGGUGGUCCGUCCAGCCUCCACGCCUCCCAUUAUGGCGUCAGCCAUCAAGGAUGAAGAUGAUGAAGACCGAAUCAUUGCGGAGUUGGAGGUGUUUGAGAGAAGUUCAGUGCCCCUCUCCCCCAUGCCCCGCUGCCAGCCGUUCCCAGCCUCGCUCUCUCCCCAGGAAUCAGGGCCCCUGGGGGUCUCCAUCCUGGGCUCCCCACGGAAGAUUUCCCCACUUCCCAGAAGCUUUUGUAUCCCCCAGAUCAUCCUAACUGAAUGUGCUUCCAACCCACCGUCCCCUCCAGAGGUUAUGCCUGAAGAGGCGGGCAAAAGGAAAAUGCCCACCCCAGUGCCCCGGGCAUCGGUGAGCGCCAGCAGAAGCAGGGGCACUAAGCAGUGCCAGGUGCCGCCAAUCAGCCAGGGCCUGCCCGGGGCCGGAUUGCUGGUGAUGGGGCUUCUGGCAGAAGCGGAUGCCCACCCUUUGGGAAGCGCCGAGAGGCCAGGGCAGCAGGAGGAAUCACUGAGAAUGGUGGGCACCAAGGUCCGAGCAUCCACAGAAGGGACUGUCCAGCAGCUAGUGGAAGGAGAGGGAACUGGGCCAGUCUGCCGCAAGGGAAAGGGGCCAGAUGAAGGUCAGCGUCCAGGUGCCCCCGCCGCGGCGAGCCCAGAAGAUACCAUCACGCACGAUGAGCACCGUAGCUCAGCUGUGGGAGACUGUACAGAGUGGGCUCUGGGGGAGAAAGGUCCCCUUGGUCUGGACUCAGCAGAGAGGGACAUGAGAGCCAGGCUCCCCUUCCAGCGGCUUGACAGUUUGGAGGAGACGCUCCAGGAGCUGGAGGCUACGUUGAACGCGAUGGGCAAGGCCCCUUCAGCGACCCCCAUCAGCACCCUCUCUGGGACCCUGGCCCAGCCCCCCAGUGCCCAGAGCGGCGGGGUCUCCAUCCCACCUAUGAAGAUGGUCACAGCAGGGGCCUCCAGGCUGAAGCCAGGACAGGCCAGCAGCCCAGACAAAGGCAAGCACAGCAAACAGCGGUCAGAGUACAUGCGGAUCCAGGGCCAACAGCAGGUCAAUAGACCAUCUAAAGAGAUGAGCGGAUCGAAUGAGACCUCAAGCCCAGUCUCAGAAAAACCCUCCGCUUCCAGAACCUCCAUUCCUGUAUUGACUUCCUUUGGGACAAGGAAUUCCUCCAUCUCCUUCUAAAGCCCUAUGUUUUUCCUCCCAUUUCCUCCCCUCUUCUUCCUCCUUCUACUUACCUCUCACCAUAUUUCCUUUAUUUCCCCACUCCCAACAUACCUUCUUCCAGAAUCUCAACAGGAUUUGCCGCAGUUGUGCCCACCUUCUAGCUGCCCUACUCCCACCUGUGGUGUUUUUGAUUUUUUUUUAAAUAAUCCACUUUUAAUGACUUUUUUUAAAAACCAAAACAAAAAAAAUGAAAAUCAAACACACCACUCACCCCUUUCUGUCCCAGAAUGGUCUUCUCUUGAAGUACAUCCUCUCCCUAUUUUCAUCAUUUCUUUCUUUUUUCUUUUUUCUUUUUUUUUUUUUUUUU